AUGAAUAAGUUCUAUACUGAUAGUAAUCCAAAUAAAUAAAAUUAAGUGCUUGAGAUCGAAGCAAAAUUAGGUGAAGCCUCUGCUUUAACUUAAAAUAUGGAUUUCUUACAGUAGCAUUUGAUUAAUAUUGCUUUCAACCAGAGCUUUUGGACUAUAUUAUUUGAAUAGAAGCCUGACAAAAUGCAAAAACCUCUCUAUAAAUUUUAGCCUGGACUAACCGAAUAAUCAUCAGGUUCAUUGAGUCUGAACAAAUAUGUUUUCGAGCAAUUAAGAUAAAGGUUAUCUGAUUAGGCUUAAGUAUAGAAAAAUCUCGUAGAAAGUUAUGUUCACACCAAAGACGAAUCAUAUGGAUAUAAGAGAGAUACAAUGAGAUUAUCAUUUAAGUAUAAUCAAGGUACUAAGCAAUAUGACUCUAACCCUUGUGAAGUCAUCAGAAAAUCAAGACUUAAUGACAUUAAUAUCAAGAAAGGACAAAGUGAAAAGAAAACAUUCCAAUCUGAUUUCAGAAUAUCUGCUUCAAUUGAGGAGAGCUUGCCUUACCCUAUUCCUCAUGGUUACCAGAAGUAAUUUACAAGGAUAAAGAGAAGACAUUAAUACAGAUUCAACUGGAUUACCUUUGAUCUUACUCACACAUCCUCCUUCAAUGAUUCUACUGGCACAGAGGGUGAAGACAACUACGAAGUUGAAGUUGAAAUAGCAGAUAUAAAUCACCUCAGGGAAAACAUGAAAGACUUUGAGCUUUUUAACAGAUUAGUUUGGAGAUUCCUCUAGAAUAUAGGCGGACUCAUGAUGUAAGUGAGUGACAUUCUUAGGAAUUAAAGUUAACUCUAAUAAAAUACCUUCGCAGAACUCGUAGGCUAGUACUAUCAAAAGUCUCAUCUAAAUUACUCUAAGUACUACAAUAAUGCACCUAAGUCAAUAGUCGGAGACUACCUAUCUAGCGUUGCAAACACUAUGUUAAAUAAUUAAAAUUGA